AUGGGCUGCUGCUUCUCCCUAUCGCGUGACACCCACUACGCACCCCCAACACCAACAGAAGAGCAAUCCGCCGCACCGCCCACUCACACAUCCUCGCGCUCACCAACCUCCAACUCAAACCUCAUCUCCCGUCAUACCUACGGCCACCACGACCGCAACAACAACAGCCACAAUACCCGACCCCCAAUCCACCCCUCCGCCUCCUCCUCAACCGACCCCUCAUACCACGCCAACCCCCGUCCACUAACCGAACACCUCAACGCCCCGAUCCGCCCGCAUGUCUGGCACAGCAAGCGCCGGCGCUGGACGCGCUCCCUCCUCGACCGCGAACGCACCGAGUUCUUCGAGACCCGCGUAACGGGCCGCCCCGAGGUCUGGGCUGCGCUCUCCGCGGCGCUGACGCUCAUGCGCGCGGGCGAUCUCGUCACCGCGCAGAGCAUCAUCGAUGCGGCCGGGGUGACGGUCCCCACGGGAGAUCUCUGCCAGGGAGUUUAUGAUGAGCAGGGGGUGCUGUAUCGGUUGGCGAGGUGUAUUGUCUCUGAUCCGGAGAAUAUUGUUGCUGAGAGGGUUGGUGCGGAUGAAGAUGGGGAUCGGGAGCGCGGUGGGACGACAGACGAGGAAGAGGAUGAAGAGGAUGACGAGGAAGAGGGAGGGUUGGAGACGGAUGAUAGGAAAAUUGCGCUGGAUGAAGCCUCGGGCGAUGAAUUAAUUGGAGACACUGAUGGUGGUGGCGCUGUAGAGCGCGAACGCGAGCGCCGGAGAGACGAAAAGGGCAAGACGAGCGAGCGCGAUCUAGUCCGUGUCAAGGCGAGGUUGAGUGAUAGGGAUGGACCGGAUGUUAUUGUUUCUGUGAAGAAGACGCAGACAGUCGGGUUAAUUGCGAGGAAGUUGCAGCAGGAGGUCGGGAUACCGAAGACACAGCGCAUUCGCAUCGUCUAUCUAGGCAAGAUGCUUAAAGAGCAUACGCCUCUCAUUGAGCAGGGCUGGAAGCCAGGCAAUGUUGUUAAUGCUCUGGUUGUCGCGCGGCGGCCCUCUUCUUGA